GAAGCUAAAUUCAUGAUUAUCUUCAAUUCUUAAAAAUGCUGAUUUCCAUGCACACACCUUCAAAAUAACAUAAUUAUAACAUAAUUUAUUUAAACGACUGCGUUUAAUAAUUAAUCAAAAGAGAAAAUGUUCUUAAUUAAAUAUUUAAAACUGUGAAAGAACAUGGAUCCUACCGAAUUAAAAGAUCAACAACAUUAUGGACACAGAUAUCUUGGCAAAUAUAAUGAUGAAGAGGAUAGCAAAAGUGAAGAAAGGCAGGAUAUAGACAUAUCCCGAGAUAUGGAGUUGCAAAAACGAUAUGAAGUACGCUUUACUGAGAACUUACAGGGUCUCUAUACCUCACGGUUUUCUAAAACUGGUGAAUUUAUAGCCACAGGCUUUGGAAGUGGUGCUAUUCAAAUCCGGAAUGGUGAGACUGGUGAAUUAACAGCUACACUUAAAUCUGGUCUGGAAAUUUCAAUGCCAGUCAUGUGCUGUAGAUUUAAUCCUGUACACAAAGAGAUUUUCUAUGCUUCCAGUGCCUGUGGAAAUAUUUUUAUGUGUAACACACAUACUAAAGAGUUUUCUAGAUUUAUCUUUGAGCUUAAAAAUGAAGUGAAUACAAUAGAUGUGAGUAUCACAGGAGAUUAUUUGGUCUCUGGUGGUAAAGAUGCAACUGUUCGCCUUUAUGAUGCACGAACCACUAAAUUGAUAUUAGAAUAUAAAAGAAAUGAAGAAGAAUUGAUAGAAAGUAAAGCUACAAACUUUCAUCGAAUGAGAAUAUUUGCUUCAAGAUUUCACAAUGAAUAUCCUGAUCUGAUUAUUACUGGUGGAUGGGAUGAUACUGUUAGAAUUUGGGAUAUCAGAGUUUCGACUGGUUCGAUGAGGGUAAUCAAAGGUCCUCAUAUAUGUGGUGAUGCUAUUGAUAUAUGUGAAACGCGCAUUCUUACUGGCUCUUGGGUAGUGCGUGAUAGUCUACAAAUAUGGGAUUUGAUGAGCGCGAAACUCAUCGAAACGAUAAAUCCGCAAAAUAGAUUGUCGACUUUGAAUGGCGAAUUUCUUUACGCAGUACAAUAUUUCGAUGGGGAUCCCUACGGUGAUCUUAUCUUGACUGGAGGCUCUGGUACUGGUGCACUUGAAAUGAUUAGUUUAAGAGAAAAGAAGGUAAUGGGAAGUAUCAGUGUAAGCAAGCCGAUUUUCGCCAUAGAUAGCUACCAGACUACAAUAAUAUUUGGUGGCAUAGAAUCUGUAUUAAGGCUUGCAGAUUAUUAUUAAUGUAAUAUCAUAUUGAUCAAAUUAUUAAAUCUUAU